AUGAAGAUUCUUAAACCCAUAUGUUUUCUUGUUUUCUUCAGCUACAUUAAAUGUCAAAUUCUUCAGACAAGUUUACUACAUGCAGCCAUGCAGCAUCUUAGUACCCAAAAUUAUGUGGAAGAGAAUUUAAAAGACCUUACCAGCAUUAUGAUUGCUCAGUUUCUUCAGAAAGCAACUUAUGAAGAAAUACAAACUGUGGCUCAACAGUUACUAGAUCUUGUGGAAAAGUGCAAGAAUUUUAAAUCACAUGUGUCAGCCACAGAAUGUGCUCAUCAGUUGAUGACCAGCUUCCUAGAGCAUAUUUGUGACAACCAAGGAAUGCUUGCCAAAUACCUGUUUACUAACUGUUGUAAUACAAAUAGCACAGCAAGGCUCAAGUGCUUCUUAUUCUAUAAAAAAGAUUAUGGARAUCACAAGGAUGGAUUCCAAAGUCUAAAGCCUGAGAUGAUCUGUGAAAUGGACAAAGAAAAUCAAGUGACCAUGAAGGAGAGGUACAGUUAUGAAAUUUCUAGAAGGCAUCCAUACUUAUAUGGACCCACUAUCCUGACCAUGUCUGCUUGCUACAAAACAGCUAUUCAGUCAUGUUGUCAAGAGGAAAAUAAGACCGAAUGCCUGCAGAUAAAGCUAGAACCCAUCAGAAAAUACAUUAGAGAAAUAUCUUUGAGACAUCAUCAUUUAUGUGAAAUUGGGGUUAAAUUCAACCACAAAGUAGCAAAAGCUGUGGAAUUGGUUCUGCUCACUAAAAAACAACCUAAAUCUAAUUUUUCUGAAAUUGCCAAACUGACCACUGAUGUUAAAAAUCUGCAUGAGACCUGCUGUGAAGGAAACACAGUUGCGUGUGCUCUUGGUAGGAGCCAGCUUAUGAACUACACCUGCUCUACACAGGCUGCCCUAUCCAGCAAGAUCACUCAGUGCUGUGAACUUCCAGCGCCAUUCCGAGGGGAAUGUAUUAUCAACGCAGGAAAUGAGGACAAACCUGACCUUUCAUCCCUGCCACUCAGCAGGUUUACAGAAGACCGAUUUGUAUGCGAACGAUUCACUGACAACCAAGAUGACUUUCUACAAGAGUUUCUCUAUGAAUAUUCAAGAAGACAWCCAGAGUUGGCAGUUCYAGUGAUUUUAAGAGUAGAAGCAAAAUAUAAAAAUUUAUUGGAAAAAUGUUGUAAAUUAGAAAAACCUUUGGAAUGCUAUAGUCAUGCGGAAGUGCUGUUCCAAAGAGUGGUACRAGAAAGCCGUGAUCAUGUGAAAAAUUACUGUGAUUUACAUGAAAAAUUGGGAGAUAGUAACUUCCAUGACAGGCUCAUGGUCCUUUACACCAAGAAAGCUCCACAACUAUCUGCUCAAGAAUUGGUUAUGUUCACAAAGAAGAUGGCAGCUGCAGCCUCCAGAUGCUGCCCACAAAGUGAUGAGCAACAGUUUGUCUGUAUUGAGGACUCGGCAAAGCUAAUUCUUGGAGCUCUGUGCAGAAGACAUGAGGUUGAGCCUAUCAAUGCUGGUGUGGGUCACUGCUGUGACAACUCAUAUGCCUUCAGAAAGCCAUGUUUUGAUGAUCUGCCAGUAGACGGAACUUAUGUUUCUCCAUCUUUACCUUGUGACCAAGUCAUCAUCCUUAAAGAGGACUUGUGCAAAGCUCAGGAGAAGGAACUCCAAAUUGAAAAGCAAAAGCUCCUCAGCAGCCUCGUGCGGCAGAAACCAUCUGCAACAGAGGAGCAGUUCCAGUGGGUACUUGUGGACUUCACGUACCUGGUGGAGAUGUGCUGCCAUGCAGAGGAAAGUGACAUGUGUUUUCAGAAAGAGGGGUCAAAACUGAUUGAAAAGUGCCAGUCUUUCCUGGAAGACUAA